CAGUCAUUACCCCAUGAUAAUCAGCAGCAAGAUCAGUCAAUUUUCCAACAAAGGUCCAACGAGGGGCCUUCAAAACAAGUACUUGAUCAAUCUUUAGGCGCUCAGCAACAAUUCAAUGUUCCUCCAGUGGAGACUCACCAGUCGAAUUUCCUUCAUUCGCAACAAUUAAAUGCACCAUCAGGUCAACAAAUGGUUGGUCAACCAAACGCUGUUCCAAUGCAAGAGUUCAAUGUGCCACCACAGCAAAGUGCUCAGCUGCAGCCACCAGUGAUGUCGCAGCAGCAACAACAGGUUAAUGUACCGCCUGUUCAACCAGUUCCCAGUGCAAAUCAGGCUCAGGCUCAUGUUGUACCACAACAACAGCAGCAGAUUAAUGUACCGCCUGCUCAACCAGUUCCAACUAUGAAUCAGCCUGAGGUUCCACUACAUGACUUAAAUGCUCGGAAGAUGCCUCAGCAAGUUCCCGUGCCGCAGCAACAGCAGCGCCAAUCAGGUACGGUUCCCCAACAACAGCAGCAGGUCAAUGUGCAACCCACUCAGCCAGUCUCAUCUAUCAAUCAGCCCGAGGUUCAACAGAUUCCUCAGCAGGUCCCCGUGGUGCAGCAACAGCAGCAGCGAUCCCCUUCGCAAUCCCCACCAGUCUCUAAUAAACAGGUUCCUCCUGUCAAAUCUCCUCCGGAGCCCUCUCACGUGCACAACGAACUACCCCAUAGGGGUUACGAGCGCCAUGCUCAUGAAUCCUCGCCUCCAAAACCCAAGCAGAUGGAAUUCCAUCCACCAAUUUUUCUCCAUCAGGACUCAGAACUGGAUUUCUAUUCACGCCUACCCUCUCCCCAGAAAUCCGACUCUGAUAUUCUCAAAAAUGUGGAUCUGAUGAGACCUUUUCUCUCCCUCACUGUCAACGUAACACCAGCUGUGAAGGACUGUUACUUCUACGAGGCAGUAACAGGAUUUGAAGUUGAUGUUCAGGUUCUCGGUGGAGAUGGAAUGGACAUUGGUCUUUGUGUUUUUGAUCCCUCCGGUGCUCCAGUUGUUUUAAGGGACCCCGUUGGAGAAGCUAGUGUAUCGAUCACGGUUCUCCCUCAGUAUCAGGGUCGAGCCUACGCUAUCUGUCUGGACAAUCGGAAAGCAAGUUAUGGUCGGAAAAAGGUCUAUCUCGGCAUCGAUUUGCGUAUUAAUUGGGAUAAACCCAGCCCGGCAGAGCAGGAGAUAAUCGAUCAAAUGAAAAGAAACCUAAGGAUCGGAGGAAAUUCUGCUGAACUGCGCAGGGUGUUUGACAAUUUCGAUCGUUUGACGGACUCAUUGGAUCGAAUUGGUGGGUUGCUGCAUCGAACUCAGCGCUUACAACAACGCUCGCGCAACAAUGCCGCUAUGGAUCGGGCUAUGAUGGAGGCGAAUAAAGACAGAGUGACAUCUUGGUCUACCUUCCAGGUAGUCCUUCUCGUCCUUGUCGGCAUCAUUCAAACUCGACUCAUUCGCAGUCUAUUUGAUGAACAGAGCAGCCUCUAUCGCCUCUGGGUGCAUGAUGGGAGUGGCAGAAGUGGUAGCAGCACCAGAUACUGUAAUAUGGCAGCGACUGAGACCGCAACAUCAGGGCCUCCAGCGAGAGAUUUAAACGAUCCAGCUGAGAAGGCAGCCUGGCAGACGGCCAACCAAGCAGCAGAGAAGAUCUCCUCUCUCUACUAUCGGUCUUUUGACAAACAAGGCCGUCUUGACUUGCCCACCUUCUUUGUUGAGUCAGUCACUCUCAUUUGGAAUGGUAACCAAGUUGUGGGUAGGCAGGCUGUAGCUGACUUCCUAUCUACCAAGCUGCCAAAGAGUCAGACUACGGUACACACCAUCUCAGCCCAACCUGUACAAAAAUUGCUGAGUGGUGACAACACUGUUGUCAUGGUAAAUAUUGUUGGGUCGAUGAAAUUUGAAGGGAAUCCUCCAAAGAUGUUCGCCGAAACUUUCUUCCUUAUUAAGGAUGGAAAUCUCUGGCGCAUUCAGUCGACUACGUUUCGAUUCAUUGAGUGA